UUCCACAAAGCGAAGACUCUGUGGCACGAGAACUGUGGCUGCUGCGCCAUGAAGGAAAUGCCUUUUCACUAAUUUUCCGUGCGUUGGCUUUCGCGAACCAGCUCGCUCCUUGAUGCAGCUCGUCUCUGCUGGCUAAGUCAACGGUCGAGCCUUCUCCGCGCCACCCGUGUCGCGUCGCAACAACAGUUGCACGUGGUGGGGCAAGUUCCACAUUUUUCUGUAUUUUUCAAGAACGCUACACGACUGGUUCUGUUUGUAGUUUCGUGAGAUCUGUACUCUUUUGUUCUGCCGCGCGCAGGGUGUAACCCGGACACCACCUCGGGCGCGCGAACUCUCGAGUGUGUGGCUUUCCUUCCGCUUGCGGCCGCGUUGGAGGGGAGUGGCAGACUGCAAUAUUUUGUGCUGCAUUUGAAUCGUGGGAACUUCGUGAUUCUUGGCUGCAUCUCUUUUUGGCGCUCCCUUCGUCCAUAAGCUUGCUGCUUGUGAGUGAUGACGCAUGCUAAGCCUGGCUGGACACUGCUCGAAUCGUCGCCCAGUCAACCAAGUCGUUCAUGAACGAGGUUGUUAUCCGAGUGGCACUCUAAGGAAAAAGGUGGUAAAUACGAGCGUCAACGAGGGCUGUUUUUCUUGUGCCGCUGUAGCAGCCUCGUAGCCCUUACAGCAGAAGAGUCGUCUCCUCAUAACCUGAUUUCCGCCGCCGUUUCACGAUGGGUGGCAUGUGAGCCCUGCCAAGGCAGCAGCUGACUGGCUACAUCGGAGCAUCUUACCGGUCCUUGUUACGAGACUGAGACGGUAAUAGGGUUGGUUUUUUGGUUGCCGCAUGACAAACAACGAUCACCAGUUUUAGGAACCACGUAUCUUUCUAGGUUUGUAUCAAGUCUGUAGCGGUUUGUGCUGCCUCGACAAGAGGCAGCAGCGCGCGGCGCGUGUUUUCCUGUGUGCCGCACUCAGGUUCCAAGCAUCACUGGUGUUCGCAUAGCAAAGCGUUUGGUUUUUUUGAUGGCCGGUGGUCCGCUUUCCCCCGCCAACGGGUAACCCCUCUCCCUCUCCGGAAGCGUUUCCCAGGAUGGGGUACGGUCAGAAGAAGAAGCGACGUCAACAGGAAGAGAUUCCUGAGCAGACUUCGUCGAUAUGGUACAUGUUGUGCAUUUGCGUGCUGGCGGGAGCCGGGCUUUCCGUAGUCAGCAUGAUUUUGAGCAAUUGGCGUGAAGCGGCAGCCAUUCAGUACCGCUAUAUGUUUCGUAGCAAAGAGCGGAUGGUGUCGAUUAGCGAGACGUACUACGGCUUGUACAACAUCGUCUACGACGGGGGCGGAGCGUACAUCAGUUGGACGCAGCGCGUCUCAGACGUGACAACCCGCGGCAAUGCAGCCAUUCAGAUAGGACAGCAGUCCACGCAGUCGAAUGCGCAGUUUCAGGCGUGGGCCUCGCAGUGCCCACCUCAGUGUCAGGACGCGAUCAGCACGCGCAUUUCGUGUUACAAGCGCAUCAGCACAAUUUCCACGAUUCUCCUCGGCGCGCUCUCAGUGGGCGGCGCGCUCGGCCUCAUCGGCGUCGGCUGGUUUUUCAUGUUUGGAAAGCUAGCUUACCUUCAGAUGGGCUGUUGGUUCUUGGCUGGAGCCGUCUGCUACGGGUGUCUCGGUUACUGGAUUUGGGAGACGGACACUUGCUGGCGCAUGAUUACCGCGGGGCAGCAACUCCCGUACCCUGCAGUCGGGCUGCCCUGGUACCUCACACUCAUCAGCAGCGGCCUGUACGUCGUGGCCGGCGUCGGCUCGUUCUUCGCGGAAAUGAUUGACUCGUACAACGAGAAGAAACUCAAGGACCAGGCGCAAAUGCGACUCAUGAUGGAGGCCGGAGACGCCUUCGACGGAUUCUUUGGGCCGAAUGUGCCGCCGGGCAUGGGGCCCCAACAAAUGGUGGGAAGCCCCAGGCCGCCCUCGAUGAUGAUGCCGGCAGGCGUCGCCAUGAUGGGGCCGCCAGGGGUACGCGGACCGAGAGGCUCGGGAAUAGGUCCUGCGGGUUUAGGCAUGAUGGGUCCACCUGGAGGACCUGGAAUGCCUCCUGGAAUGAUGCCUCCUGGCAUGCCGCCGCCAGGAAUGUCGAUGGGUAUGCGACCCCCUGGAGUUUCGCCGUCCCCGAGCUUCGGACCUGCCUCCGGUUUCGGACCUCGGCCCUCGUUCGGACCCCGCCCAAGCAUGGGAGGCUGGCGCGGAUGAGAGGAGACAGGUCUCUCCACGUACGAGAGCCCAAGUUGUGGUGUUCAGAUCAAAACAGACACCACUUUUUUACGGAUGCAGAACAACCCAAGAUGGAUCGACAGUGCGAGGGGGGCCGUCCGGGAAUUCUCGAAUUUGUGAUGCUUGCGCACAUGUGAAGAACAGACUGGAGUAGACAAAGAUAAUGCUAAAACGAUUCGUGUGGAGAACACACCAUGACGGAGGGAGCGAGCGGACUGUUGUCGAUCCGUCGCUGGGAACGCUUUUGUGCUGGUGUGGAGGUAAACGGAGUCUGCUGUGCGAGGGUGGCGACGGAAUAUUUUCUGAUCGAACUGUUCGCGGCCGGCGUUAGUGGCUUCGAAUGACGAACUUUGCGAACGCGAGUCACACCGGAACAGAGGGAAGCUUGAUUAUGUGUGUACUCAAAAGGAACCUGUCGGAGAAAAAAGAAUUCGGAGAACCCGCUGCCGCGGCCCGCGUAGCGAUUCCGCGGACAGCAGUUGUUUGUGUAUGUUGUGUUCCCGUGAGCCGGUUCGCCGAACAGUUUACUUGCCCCGUGUAGUUUUUCGUCUUCCAUUUUGCGUGAGCAUUGGUGCAACGCAUCCCCGUUUUUUUGCCCGCGACGAGGGGGUGUGAGAAUAUUUUGCGCUUCACUGAAAGCCAGGGAGACGGGACUUUGAAAGAAAGCCCUAGGCUGUCCGAGAUUCCUUCAAGGAGUGUCGGUGCAACAGACAAGCAGGGUAGAAUUUGUCAAGCAAGCAUGGCUUCUGGAAGGGCGUGCUGUGUAACCCACCCCGUCCUAGACACUCUCGAACCUUGGGCUUCACAUGUCAUUACCUUCCGCCGCAUGCUUGAGUGUAAAAUUUACCUGUCCCACGCACUUGAGAGUCUUCUCGACGGUCUACCCUUCCUACGACUUGCUGAUGUGCAAUCGCGUUUCAGGAGUUCAGAUGGAACCCUGCACGCGUAACUAUUAUUAGAGGGAAGGUGCGCGCAGCGCUCUGAUGACGUUCACCAUUCCCAGGACGCUGAAAGUCGUCUACGCAUUCAAGUCAUUUGUUCUGAAGUGCGAACACACUCGCCGUGCCCUCGAUAAUGCGCGUGAAGGUAGACUGAAUCCGUCUGCUGUGGGCAGUAAUAAGGUAACACUAGGAAACAGCCGUGCUGGGAGAAGCACUGUGGCGGGAAAACUUGUUGAUAAAUGAUGGCCCAAGAACGAACUCAUCUUAGACUAGGGGCGCCAGUAGUCCACCCAUCGAGUAGAAACACAAUCCAAACGCG